AAUUGCCGCGAUUAAAUUCAAAUACAGCAAACAGCAACUGAGCAACAGCAGAAAAUUAAUAAAAUAGAAUUUAGUUUGAAUUAAAAUUUAAAAAAGAGUUCAAAAAAAACUAUUCUCCUUUCAAAUUAAACAAAAAAGAAAAGAAGAACUAUCACAACAUAAAUGUUUACAAGCUGAAGAAAAAAGUAGUGGCUUAUAUUUUUUAAGAAGUAAAAUAAUCACAAAUUUAUUAAGUGAAGCCCCAUACAACUAACGAAAAUGCCAAGAACAAAAGUUUCGAAAAAUCCGAAACGAAACCGAGAUGCUGCGAUUCGGGAAGAGAAAAUUCGUGAAUAUGAUUCGACUGUGGAUCAAUUCAUGAAUGGUUUUGAUAUUAAAGUGAAACAGGAUAUUCUAGAGAUUGAAACUGAAAUUGCACUAAUAAAGGCGCGAAUUCCAGAGAAGAUCCUUUUGAUGAAAAUUGGAGAUCUAAUGAGCAUGAAUGCCUCGACAUUCUCUGAAGUUUUAGCAACUCCAAAUUUCACCACUCAAACCAGCACAGCUGAGAGUCAAAAUCAAUCGUCCUUGCUGAGAUCUGUGAAGAAGUCCAAUGACGAAGGCUACCUUACAGAGGAUAGCACUAAUAGCAUGGCUUGUGCAAGUCAAGCAAACUUGUCGAUAAUGCGAAGCGUUCGCGUACCAGGGCCUCUUAGUUCGGCCAAAGCGCGACGCACACGAAGGAGUCAAUCAGCAACUGGCUAUCCUCCGAGUGCCAUGAAGCCGAAGCCUUCAACUGCAGCAUGCAAAGAGCGACUUUCUCGACAAAAACUUCGAACUCCAUUGGUAUCGAGGCAAAAAGCGAUAAGUGCUGAUCGGACACCACCAAACCGAGUAAGGGGUUCUCCUGGUAGUCCUACGGCCCUACUCAGAUGGCCAAAACCCGGCGAGUUGGUCAUUUCAAUGACUGGAACUCCAGUCGUCUCUUCGCACAUAAUGCCAGAGCAGUUUGCCAAUGUAAACAUACCCAUUAGGGACGGAGUGCUUUCGUUGCGACCAAAAAAACUAUGCAAUUUAGAUCCGGAAAUAGUAGACAAAAUCGACCAGGACACGAUUAGUCAGAUCAAAUUGUUGCAAACGAACUUGGAGCUGAUUAUGAGCCUUGCUGAUAAAUCAGAUGUCUAAAUUAGUUUCUUAGGUUAAUAUUAUAUAUUUUUUUUAUAUUCUGCUAAUUAUUUUCAUGUUCAAUGGAGUCCCUUAUCCAUUUUUAUUACAAUAUAAUAAUUACUUUCGUUUUUGAAUGAUAAUAAAAUAAAUUGUCGUCGACAACA